CACACCAUAUUUUUUGGUCAUAAACAGUAUUGUCAAUCUACACGAUACUAUAACUGCUCUUUUUUUAACUAAAAACUACUGUGUGUUGAACACAACUGUCAAAAAGGCAGUAGUUGACUGGAUUCCACGAUUCUUCCCUUGAAUGGCUCGUGACAUUUUCAUCGAUCUAUAUCAUGGCAAGGAUGAUUCAGCCUCAACUCAAAAAGAUAAAAAGAUUCAGCCUCUGCUACCCCUCCUCCCCACUUGCAGAAACAGGAAUGUGGAGCAUGCGCGACAAUGGCCGUCAGUCAGUUCCACCCAUCAACAGGUUCCACCCAUCCCAUCUCUUUUGCCUCCGACCUCACACAGCACCACCGACGGCUACAAUUAAUCAUCCACAGCAUUCAUCACUUCUCAAGUGUGCAAGCUCUAGCACACAAGCACCCAGCUGGGAUCCAAGAGCAAUGGCGGAAGCAGGGGAAUGGCUGCCGUACGUCUCCACGCUGGCGUCCUGCCUCCUCGGCUUCGCGCUCUACUUCUACGCGCCCUACUGGGGAGUCCGGGGCGUGCCGGGCCCUCCGGCGCUGCCGGUCGUCGGCCACCUGCCGCUGCUCGCCCUCCACGGCCCCGACGUCUUCGGCGCCCUCGCCAGGAAAUACGGCCCCAUCUUCAGGUUCCAUCUCGGGAGGCAGCCUCUGGUGGUCGUGGCUGACCCGGAGCUGUGCAAGGAGGUCGGGGUGCGGCAGUUCAAGAGCGUCCCCAACCGGAGCCUGCCGUCGCCGAUCGCCGGCUCCGGUCUCCACCGGAAGGGCCUCUUCUUCACGAGGGACGAGAGGUGGUCGGCCAUGCGGAACACCAUCAUCUCGCUCUACCAGCCGUCGCACCUCGCCGGCCUCAUCCCCACCAUGCAGCGCUGCAUCGAGCGCGCCGCCGACACCAUACAGUUGAACGGCAACGCCGACGUCGACAUCGACUUCUCCGACCUCGCCCUCAAGCUGGCCACCGACGUCAUCGGCCAGGCGGCGUUCGGCGUCGACUUCGCGCUCUCGGCGCCGCGCGAGCAUGGCGGACGCGAGGCCGCAGAGUUCAUCGCCGAGCACGUUCACUCCACCACCUCGCUCAAGAUGGACCUGUCGGCGUCCCUCUCCAUCGUGCUGGGCCUCGUCGCGCCGGCGCUGCAGGGGCCGGCGCGGGGGCUUCUCCGGCGACUCCCCGGGACGGCGGACCGGAGGAUUGCGCGGACGAACGACCGGCUGCGAGCGAGGGUGGAGGGGAUCGUGGCGAGCAGGGAGCGCGACCUGGACAAGAGAAGAGGGCAGAGGGACUUCCUGUCGGCGCUGCUCAACGCCCGGGACAGCGGGGGCGACAAGAUGAGGGAGCUGCUGACGCCGGAGUACGUGGGCGCGCUCACCUACGAGCACCUCCUCGCCGGGUCGGCCACCACGUCCUUCACGCUAGCCUCCGCCGUGUACCUCGUCGCCGGCCACCCGGAGGUCGAGGCCAAGCUGCUCGCCGAGGUCGACCGGUCCGGCGCCGCACCGCCGACGCCCGACGAUCUCCAGCGCAACUUCCCCUACCUCGACCAGGUGAUAAAGGAGGCGACGCGGUUCUACACGGUGUCGCCGCUGAUCGCGAGGGAGACGUCGCGGCGGGUGGAGGUCGGGGGCCACGCGCUCCCGAAGGGCACGUGGCUGUGGCUGGCGCCGGGGGUGCUGGCGAGGGACGCGGCGCAGUUCCCGGAGCCCGGCGAGUUCCGGCCGGAGCGGUUCGAGGCCGGGUGCGAGGAGGAGCGGCGGCGGCACCCGUACGCGCACGUGCCGUUCGGGCUGGGCCCGCGGGCGUGCGUCGGGCAGCGGUUCGCGCUGCAGGAGGUGAAGCUGGCCAUGGUCCACCUGUACCGCCGCUACGUGUUCCGCCGGUCGCCGCGGAUGGAGUCGCCGCCGGAGUUCCAGUUCGGGAUCGUGCUGGGCUUCAAGCACGGCGUCAAGCUCAGGGCCAUCGAGCGGCGCAGCCCCGCCUAGGCCUCGACAUGAAAGAUGAUCUUCACAGCAACUUCUGCGAGCUUUGCUCCUCGGAAGUAGUCACCGUAUACCAGGGGGCAGCAUUGCCCCAGCUUUGUUCUACCGAGCAGUGAGCACCAGCUUGCUGCUCGAAUAUGCACCAAGAAAAGCGCUGCUGGUCCUGGAACCACUGAGGACGGUGUGGCGGCAGUUAGAAAUUCGAUCACCCUGCAACUUGACUGUAGUACUGUACUUGAGAAAUUAUAACAGGUCGAGCAUUAAAGAUAACACACUUAAAAAUA